CUCAUUGGCUGUUGCUGAUAAUCGGUCAACAAGAGGACCGGAGGGAUACAGGAGGGCACAGGGCAGCAUGUUUACAGCUGCUUAUGCCCGUAAUUAGUUGCCCGGCACAACCGAGUCGCUUUAUGAGAUUAUUUAAAAAAUUAUUAUUUAGUUGGGUUUUUUUUUUUGCUGCUUUUGUUUUUUGGAGACGCUGAGCUCUUGUGAGUGCCGUCGAUAAUGCUUUUGUAUCGCUCAGCAGCGGCUCUGGAUCUGGCUUUCAAGUCACCGGGUUCGUCUCUACUGCGAGCCAAAGCAAGCAGGCUGAAGGAUGUUACUUUGACGCUGCGCACGGACCACUCGUUUCAGCGACACCGGUUUUUCUGCGCAUCCGUCAGGCGGGUCUAUCUGCCCUCCGUGCACCUGGGUAAACAGCACCCGGAACUCAUCCAGAACUGGGACGCGUCGUCUACGUUUGUAACCAACACGGACUGGGCGCAUUUGGACCGGGUCGCCGCUGUAGCUGUGCGCCGUGAAGGCGCUGAAUGUACAAUCCUCAGGCAGCCGCUGGUUUUCACACACGGGCGCCAAAACAGCAGGGGGACCCGGCGGGUAAUGUUUUGUUUACGGGUAACUGGGACGUUUCCAGUCGCCGCUGCUCCACCAGGACCAUGCAGAUCAGAUCCUCAUCCACACAGGCUGCUACGAAGAAGAGCGAGGAGCAGACUGACGACGACAAAGAGGAUGUUCAGACUUUGAAGGAGGCUUCUACUACGUCAUCGGAAAAGAGCCUGGAGGACAGAGAGCCAGAGGGAGGGAAACCCAACAAAACCCAGCAGCUUAAGAAAGUCUUCAAGGAAUAUGGAGCAGUGGGAGUUUCCUUUCACAUCGGGAUCUCUCUCAUGUCUCUGGGAAUGUUCUACCUGCUAGUAUCCAGUGGGAUCGACAUGACUGCCAUAUUGUGCAAACUGGGCUUCAGCGAGGCGGUCGUUCAGUCCAAGAUGGCUGCUGGAACCAGCACAUUCGUCCUGGCCUACGCCAUUCACAAGCUCUUCGCUCCUGUUCGCAUCAGCAUCACUCUGGUGUCUGUGCCUCUAAUUGUGCGCUACUUCAGAAAGACUGGACUCUUCAAACCUCCCACACCUGCACCCUGAUGGCCCCUCCUCUGCUGCCUCAUUGAGUAACAAACAUCUUUAAUGGCCUAAUGCCUGUAAAUCUUUACUCAUCUGGCUUCAAACUGAAAGACCCUUUACAUUUGUGAAUUCGGGUUCCUUCAUCAUUUAUCGCUAUAACAGAUUGGAAGUGAUCAAAUGCUUUACUGUGGUUUGAAGUCUUUGGCUCAUCAAACAUAAGAACUUAAAUGUAUCAAAUAUUUAUUUGAAAUCAAAAGAAUGAACAGGGAUUGUGGUUUUUUUUUUUUUUUUUUUUAGGGCUGCCAGUAGGAUUAAGCUAAUCUCUCCUGCACCUUUCUCCAGCAGCUGACUCGGCCAUGUCCUGGUGUUUUGCUUGCAACCCUCUCUGCUCAUCUUUACCUUUCUUCUCACUUUACUUUUUUUGUCCUCCUCUUACGUUUUGCCGUUUGCCUUCCAUCUCUCUUGGCAUCCAUUUCCGAUCAUUUCCCUCUUUCUGCAGGCUUUGUUCUUUUUUCCUUUCUUACAGUUUCCCCUAAAUACAAGAACAGAAGCAGUAACUGCAACGUCACUAAUACGUGUGAAGCUGACUGCAUUUCAUUGAAAACUUUGGAUGAAGAAUGUUGAAUCAUUUGUUUUUCCUGAUUUGAGUAUUUAAUUAAAGAGAAUUUCUCUUUUAUAUUUA